UUUCCAGAAUAUGUCGGAAUAUAUUCUCUGUAACACCAAGGCAAGUUCCGGUGGGUGAGGACACGUCACUCGUUCGACUGAGGGAAAGGGCCUGUGCAAACCUUGUCUAAUAUUGCCUGUUUGUUUUUUUUAAAUUGUUUUUUCUUAUACAUUAGGCGGCAAAACCAUGUCGAACUCAGUUAUAUCGGUUAUUUCUCGGUUUCUAGAGGAGUACACCACCACGACGCCUAACAAGCUGAAAGUGGUGGAUGCAUAUUUGCUGUACAUCUUGUUAACAGGAGCGCUGCAGUUCCUCUACUGUCUGCUCGUUGGCACUUUCCCCUUCAAUAGCUUUUUGUCGGGCUUUAUCGCAUGUGUGGGCUCUUUCAUUCUGGGAGUGUGUCUGCGUAUCCAGAUCAACCCACAGAACAAAGGAGAGUUCCUGUCUGUCUCCCCAGAGAGAGCCUUCGCUGACUUUCUGUUCGCUCACACUGUCCUCCAUCUGGUUGUGAUGAACUUCAUUGGUUGAGACAGACAUGCUUCGAGCUCAUGGUGUACAGGAUCCCCACAAGAGAAGUCAUCACAACUCCCCUUCAAGAAAUGAUGCCAUGUCUACAUUUGUACCAUCCAGGCAUCUUGUGACCUAUGAUGCAGUAUCAUUUUCUUGCUGAUAAUUGUUGAUUUUUGGUCCUUCUUUGUGUAAAAUUUGUGAAGCAUUCCCUUUUUGCACUGAGGCAAAGAAAUAAAAACAUCUGAAAUGAUCUUGUGAA